AUGAAAGGUUACCACUCAGACAGUGGCCAAAGUGCCAGUGCCCGAUCGACUGAUACGCAGGAUGCUGCGUUGCCUGAAGACACAGCCACUCAAGCCUUCACCUUGCAAAUGGAACCUUUCGGGAUUUCAGGGAUUCCCGAGCCGGCUGAACCCCAUGACGCGCCAGAAGAAGAAUCCGAAGGAGAAGCAGAGGAUGCACCUGCCAACGCCCAACCGACGAUCCAUGAGGUGUGUGAAAUGGAGAACCCGCUUCAGGGGGUCUCUGAGCAUUUAAACGACUCCAAAUACUUCGGCAAGCAGGUGCUCCCAGUGGUGGUCCAACACCAGUUCAUCAUUCCAGACUCCGACGUCACCAUAUUUGCCCUUCGAUGCGACAUGAUUCAUGAUGUUGUAACUUGGUCCUUUCAAGGUAAACCAGUUCGCAUCACAGUCACCAACGAGUUCAUACACUCUUGGGAUUUCCGUUCGUCAUUCCAAGCCACCAUUACGAAUGAGAACUGCUCUGUGGUGGUGGCUGUGCGCUCCUUCCAUCACCACGAUCGCCCCCUCUCCACCUAUCUUGGAAUUGCACAAGGUUACUUCUACGCGGCCGUAGAACUUGACGGUUUCAGGGACACCAUCGAGGAUAAGAUGACGUUUUCAAACACCACAAACACUGAGUGGGAUACCCUUCAACAACUGAGGUUCCAGGAGAACCUUGUGGGGAUGAUGCAUGAAGGAGCACCGAAUGUUCAUCCUGCUCUUACCGGUUUGAGCUGCUUCACGGCGGAAGAGCUUGUUGAGGGAACUCGAGAAAUGUAUAGCUUAGACGCCUGUUUCAAACCUUGUCUGGCACCCGUCCACCACCAUCUCUCGCGCCCAAUUCGCCUUCUACUGGGAGCCCUCUCGCACUGGACGUACGAGACCAGUGGGCACACACGUUUCCUUGCGGGCUUCCAGGGUGUUGGGCCUGUCAUCACCGAGGUGGUUGUUCAUGACGCCAAUGAUCCGUGGACAAUUGGCAACUUUGGCCAGGACGCCCUUCGCCGCUUCCCCAAAGAGUAUGUGUGUGGCAAAUUUUGUGACAUACUAGCCCUACCCGAGUUACCCAGGCGAUCUCCAUCUCCUGAAGUUUGA